ACCAAUAUACCCUCAUUGCCAAACCCUAUCUUUCUAUCGCUCUCCAAAUAUCUCAUUUCGCUUCCGCAUAUUUCUUAACAUUCUUCUCUGCAGAAAUCGGAAUUCUAACCGUAGCAUCUCUCAACCGCGCAUCCCUAAUUCGAUUCACCCAGCUUCAAGCAGCACCAGCAAAAAAUGGGCGAGACGAAGGAGAUCGAAGCCUACGAGGAGGAGCUUCUCGACUACGAGGAAGAGGAGGAGAAAGCACCUGAUUCCGUCGGUGCCAAGGUCAACGGCGAGUCCGUGAAGAAGGGAUAUGUGGGGAUCCACAGUUCAGGAUUCAGGGACUUCCUCUUGAAGCCAGAGCUUUUACGUGCUAUUGUCGACUCGGGAUUUGAGCACCCGUCAGAAGUUCAACAUGAGUGUAUUCCUCAAGCUAUUCUUGGAAUGGAUGUUAUCUGCCAAGCCAAAUCUGGUAUGGGGAAAACUGCUGUAUUUGUGCUUUCAACAUUACAGCAGAUUGAACCAAUUGCAGGCCAAGUUGCUGCGCUUGUCCUGUGUCAUACAAGGGAAUUAGCUUACCAGAUUUGUCAUGAGUUUGAAAGAUUCAGCACAUAUUUACCAGAUAUCAAGGUAGCUGUUUUCUAUGGCGGUGUCAACGUGAAAAUACACAAGGAUCUUCUGAAAAAUGAAUGUCCUCACAUUGUUGUUGGAACUCCUGGAAGAAUACUUGCUCUGUCUAGGGACAAGGAACUUUCUCUGAAAAACGUGAGGCAUUUCAUACUGGAUGAGUGCGACAAGAUGCUCGAGUCUCUUGAUAUGCGGAGGGAUGUGCAGGAGAUCUUCAAAAUGACCCCUCAUGACAAGCAAGUUAUGAUGUUUUCAGCUACUCUCAGCAAGGAGAUUCGACCCAUUUGCAAGAAAUUCAUGCAAGAUCCAAUGGAAAUAUAUGUAGAUGAUGAAGCCAAGUUGACCCUGCAUGGUCUUGUACAGCACUACAUCAAAUUGAGUGAGCUGGAGAAAAAUCGGAAGUUGAAUGAUCUGCUGGAUGCCUUAGAUUUCAAUCAAGUGGUCAUAUUUGUCAAAAGUGUCACCCGUGCUGCAGAGCUGAAUAAAUUGCUUGUGGAGUGUAACUUCCCAUCUAUAUGCAUUCACUCUGGCAUGUCCCAGGAAGAAAGAUUAACUCGGUACAAGAGUUUCAAAGAAGGCCAUAAGAGGAUUUUGGUAGCUACAGAUUUAGUUGGUAGAGGAAUCGACAUAGAGCGAGUUAACAUUGUGAUCAACUACGAUAUGCCGGAUUCUGCAGACACUUAUCUACACAGGGUUGGUAGAGCUGGAAGGUUUGGCACCAAAGGGCUUGCUAUAACAUUUGUUGCAUCCGCAUCUGAUUCGGAUGUUCUCAAUCAAGUUCAGGAGAGGUUUGAAGUUGAUAUUAAGGAGCUUCCUGAGCAAAUUGAUACAUCGACAUAUAUGCCGUCCUAAGAAGAGCCCACGCUCAAUAAUCCAGAUACCUGCUACGGUAUAUAUGAGCAAGUGGACGUCAUCUUCUAGUUUUUCAAUUCCCUUGACUAUCUAAGAUCGUUGGUUAGAAUAGUCAGACAGUGUGCUAUGUGUUGCUGGACCCAUCCAGCUUCCUCGCAGGCCUGUUGCCUUGCCGAGAGAAAUUAUAUAAGCUUUAUCUGUGAAAUCGUUUUGAACGACCAAAAUGUGUACUUAAAUUUAGUCAGGUAGACUGUUAUCCUGUGUAUUUUGCAGCAGAGCUCUACAUAUUAAUCCCACAGAUACAUGCUAUUGGUGAUCAUAGUUAUUUUUUCCUUUUAGUGGAUAA